GAAGAGGUUAAAGCAGUGAGCAGGGGAAGAGAAGUGGCGCGCCUGCCACAGAACACGUGGCGCUCUUCUAUUGGCCAUAUGAGAAAAAUUGGAGGAGGGGAAGGAAGAGAAGGGGCGCUCCCGCCACAGGACAGGUGGCGCGCCCUACUGGCCCGGUCCAAGUGUGGGACCUGUGCACCGGGUCCAUCAUAGAGUUUUCCUCACUAUGAAAAUACUGUAACCAUUGCUGGUCAAUAAGCGUUCUCUUUGUUCUUCCAAUCUCUGUCUGAAACGGAGAGAAGCAAUGGAAAACACUUCUCCUCUACAUCUCUGUCGUGUCCAGAAAUCAUUUCUCAUCAACAGAUCACAUAUGCUCCUCCAUUCCUUAGCUUUGAUGAGCUUGAUUUAUUAUAGAUCUUCAUUUUUCUUCCAACAAACCAAAACUGGUCAGACGCCCCUUACGCCAUGGCUUUUGGUCUUUGCUGCUGAACUGAUGCUGUCUUGUUUUUGGAUCGUUUCCCAAGCUUUUCUAUGGCGCCCAGUUUCACGAUCUGUAUUUCCUGAUAAGCUACCGAAAGACAAAGAACUUCCUGCAAUUGAUGUGUUCAUAUGCACUGCAGAUCCAAAUAAAGAACCCACUGUGGAUGUGAUGAACACUGUUAUAUCCGCCAUGGCACUGGACUACCCCCCAGAUAAGCUUUAUGUUUAUCUUUCAGACGAUGGUGGUUCUUCUAUGACUUUGCGUGCUAUGCAGGAAGCUUGGAGAUUUGCAAAGUGGUGGUUACCCUUUUGUAGGAGACAUGGAAUCAAAACGUUAUGCCCAGAGGCUUAUUUUUCCGAAGUAGAGGAAAAGCAAGAGAAUUCUCACAAUGAUUUCCUGGCCGAGGAGGAGAAAGUUAAGGAAAAAUAUGAGAACUUCAAGGAGCGGUUGACAAGGAUCAGAGAAAACACAUGGCUGACGAUCAAUCGAGAUCACCCUCCUAUUGUUGAGGUGAUAAAUGAAACAUCCAUCAACGAAGAAGGUGCAGAAAGGGCUGGGAUGCCUCUCCUUGUUUAUGUCUCCCGUGAGAAAAGGCCUUCACAUCCACAUAAUUUCAAGGCUGGAUCUCUUAAUGCUCUUCUUCGAGUCUCUGCUAUCAUGAGUAAUUCUCCUUAUAUACUAGCGUUGGACUGCGACAUGUACUGCAACGACCCAACAUCAGCCCGCCAGGCAAUGUGUUUCCACCUUGAUCCUGAGAUAUCUCCUUCGCUAGCUUUUGUUCAAUUUCCACAGAAAUAUCAUAACAUUGGCAAGGAUGAUAUCUACGAUAGCCAACUGAGAAUGUAUUUCAAGGUACAAUAUCAAGGUGUGGAUGGGAUUCAAGGACCCGUUUUAUCUGGUACAGGCUUUUACAUAAAGAGAGAGGCACUGUUGAAUCCCAAGAAAGAGGAUGUCGACGUCAUGGAACUUAAACAUUCUUUCGGGCUAUCCAAUGAAUUUACCAAAUCCUUAGGCCGGCAUUACAAGCCCCAUCAGGGGGAGGUUGUGAGUGCAAUAAUGCUCGAGGAAAUCCAAUUUUUAGCAUCUUGUGCCUAUGAAAAUGAAACGAAAUGGGGCAGAGAGGUUGGUUUCUUGUAUUUUACAAUAGCAGAAGACUAUUUUACAGGGUUUGUCAACUUACACGGCAAUGGUUGGAAAUCUGUUUACUGUGAUCCCGCAAGGCCUUCCUUUUUAGGUUCUGCCACUACAAAUCUAAAUGAUGUCUUGGUUCAAAAUGCAAAAUGGAGUUCUAGUUUGGUUGAAGUUGUAAUCUCAAGGUUCUGUCCUCUUUUCUAUACCCCAGAGAAAAUAUCUGCUCUUCAGAGAGUGUGCUACGCAGUAAUAAUUUACCCUUUGUGUUUCUUGCCAAUGUGGUGCUUAGCGACCAUCCCUCAGCUGUGUCUACUUAAUGGCAUUCGUUUGUAUCCAGAGGUUUCAGAUUGGUUUUUCUGUGUGUUUUCUUUCAUCUUUCUCUCCUCACAAUUGAAGCACAUACAAGAGGUCCUAUCAACUGGAGAUCCAAUUUGGACAUGGAGAAAUGAACAGAUGAUGUGGAUGAUAAAAAAUGUUACAUGUCAUACAUAUGGAAGCUUUGACGCCAUUAUGAAGAAAAUUGGUUUCAGGGAGGCCAAUUUUCCACCCACGAAUAAAGUGGUUGAUGAGGAGCAACUUAAGCUAUACCAAAUGGGUAAAAUUGAUUUCCAAACUUCAAUCGUAUUCCUUGCUCCUAUGGUUAGCUUAGUCCUUUUAAACCUAGCAUCCUUCGUUGGAGGCCUCACUAGGGCGGUUGUGGCCGGAAAUUUCAGUGAAAUGUUCGUACAGAUUGUGUUGUCAUUUUUUAUUGUGGUCAUGAACUACUCGGUUGUUGAAGGGAUGAUACUGAGGAAGGACAAAGGUCGCAUUCCCUCUUCUGUCACUAUCUUGUCAGCUCUGAUUUCCAUAGUUUUUAUAUCUUUGGGAUCUUUUUUUUUCAUGUAUAUGUGAGAUGAUGAUGUAUUGUUCAUUGCUUUGAAGGAAUUGAUUUAUGGUGAAGGGCAUUCACCAAAUAAAAAGGGUCUUAUUUUGUGUUUAUAA